CUUCGGCAGUGCCAAGGUUCCAAACUUACGUUGCUCAUCGCACAUCUGUAUCGCACAUAUAUUAGCAGCCUCAGUAGCGCAGGAGACGACGACGUUUAUUAUAAUAUCUCGCUAUAUACCCUCCUGCACCGUCCGACAUCUCAUAGAGUAUCUGUCACCACCGCUCGCCCCGUAAUCUGAGCACGGUACACUUAUCUGCGAGCGUAAAACACAAUGCCACCUCCUCCACCUCCGGCACCUCCACCGCCAGCUGCAUCGGCUGCGCCCCCAGCACCAAAGCCCACCGACUUGCUAAAGUCCAUAGAGAAGGGAACGAGGCUAAAGAAGGUGCAGACAAAUGAUCGGAGUUCUCCAAUUGUAGAUGCGGGAAAGCCGACAGGUGGCGGUGGUCCUGGCGGCGCAAGAUCGCCCCCGAUGCCUAGACCUCCAGGUGCCGGCGCCUCAAGUGGUGGAGGUGCAGGUCCACAGUUGGGAGGUCUGUUUGCAGGCGGGAUGCCAAAGCUUCGUUCCACCGGUGGCAGAGGCGGAGGGGACUCAGCGCCUGAGCCAUCCGUUCCGAAACCACCGAAGCCAUCCAAUGACUUUACAACUGCCAUCGGUUCCCAUAUGCUGAACAAACAAGGACCUCCUCCGACCCCUUCCAGGCCGGGUCUGCCGUCAAAAUCAACCUCUCCUCCAAGCAUUCCUCGUUCGAGCAUCGUUCCACCAACUCCUCCUAGGUCAUCAGAACCUCCUCCACUUGCUGCUCGAGGUGUUCCGGCUCCGCCGUCACGUGGAGGCCCACCACCGGUUCCAGACCGCUCGAAUCCGCCACCACCAGCUGCCGCGGCCCCUCCGCCGACCCCUUCUCGACCGCCCACUAUAGGGAAAAGUGGCCCACCACCUGCGCCUCCAAGGUCAGGACCCUCAUCUGCACCUGGCAGCGCAGCUGGAUCACUGCGUGGCCCACCUCCAGCCCCACCUUCUCGAGGGUCGGUCAAAGACGCUUUCGAAAAGCCUGCUCCUCCCACGUUCAGCCGUGCAAUCCCACCACCCCCAGGAGGAUUCGGCGGACUGAAACCCACCGGAGGACUCAAUGGAGCUGGGUUUGGCGGCCCAAGACCGUCCGGCUCAACGGGGAAUAUUGCCUCAUUUGAUCGAAGGGAAAGCGACCCGUCGCGCUCACAAACAGAAACCAUCGGAAGAUGGACAUUCAGGACAGAUCUGCCACCUCCGCGGCAAUACGCAGGCGGAGCCUCGGAGGCUAAUGCCCUCCCAACUAGAUUACCCCCAGCCGCUGGAAGCCCGUCCCUGGGAAGGCGCCCACCUCCUCCACCACCUCCCGCCAGCCGAAGAGGAAGUGCGGUUCGACCUCCACCACCGCCGGUGAGGAGCAGAGAGGGGUCGGUGGGACAGGCUGCCGAAAUCACGAAAUACGCAGAUGACACGCUGCCGAGAUUGGAAGCUUCGUUAGAGAGAGCCAAAGCAGACGAGGAUUACAUGCUCUGCGCCAACUUGAAGAAAUACAUCACAACUCUCACAGAUCUGAAAAAGCGGGCAACGUCCGGAGGUUCGGUCGUGCUGAUUCUCGAUGAAUAUCGUACUCUGAAAACCAAUCUAGAAUCGCUUCUCUGAUAAUCUUUGAAAGAAAUAAACGCGGCGAAUGGGUCAUA